GCAACGACAUGUAGAUAUGUGGCACUUGUGAAGCUCACUCAAAAAAUAACACAAGUCUGGAAAAGAAACUAGAAAAUUUGUUUAAAUUAUAGGUACAUAUCACAAAAAACGUAGAAAUGGCGUUCAAGAAGUUAUUGUUUGUGUGCAUGGGCAACUCUUGCAGCUCGCCAAUGGCCGAGGUCAUCAUGCAGAAUCUGAUGGUCAAGACGAGCCUCUACUGGGAAGUGGACAGUGCUGGCCUGAGGACAUGGAACACUGGACGUAGACCUCACAAACGUUGUUUGCAAAUUCUGCGGGAGCACGGACUGCGAUCCGAUCACUUUUGUCGCCAGUUCACAGUGAAUGACUUUCACUACUUUGACUACGUAGUGGCCAUGGAUGAGGCCGUCUACAAGGAACUUCUGCUCUGGGGUGGUGCAAAUCCUGCUUACAAGGAGUGCGAUGUGCUGCUUUUGAGUUCUUUUGGCAAGAAUGGGCAGCCGGCUUUCAUAGACAAUCUGUCACCGACCCACAAGAUGAAGAAGUUUCGGUCUGCCUACUACCAGAUCAAAGAGUGCUGCAAGCAGCUCAUUCUCAGCCAAAAGGUCGAUAUUGUCAAGUACGAGCUGCCCAGCUCAGAGGAUGAGGAUCUUUACUAUGCCAACAAGGAGAAGGCGGCAAAGGACGUUGAAUUUGUGAACCCAAUGCCAGAGAGUAGCAAGCACAGUGGUCUGUAUAUUCUGCCACCGGAGAUUAAGUCCCAGUCCUCGUCGACCGAUCCAUCCUACUCGAAGACCUCAAUGCCCGCCUCCACCCAGGGAACACAACGAAAAUUGUGCCAGAAAUGUGGACAGAAAUUUUUAGCAGCACUUUAGUGUAUAGAUCUCGGUCGGAAUUAAGACUUCAAACAAAACUGAAACAAAUUUAAUGGACUUUCGACCAUGCCCUUAGACUUUUUAGCGUAUGAAUCUUAAAGUGUAUCGGUGGAAAAAUAAAACUGACUGUUAUCUGGCA